AUGAUCAUGGAUACCAUAUCAGACGCCGUCAAGCUUUGUAAGAUUGCUCUGGAUGCAAAGAAGCUCCAGGAGAUCAACUACGGCCCGCCACGGCCUACGCAAGUCACUUUGUUCUGGAACCUCGUGGUUCUCUCUCGGUACAACAAGUACACGCCCCUCUUCACCACGUUCGCAGGAGUGUGGUCCGCUUUGCUAGCUGGAGCAACCGAGCUAUCCAACCCCCAUUCGAACAUUCAACCCGCUUUCGUCUUCCGACAGACUGCGUUAUGUUUUCUUUCGGCCUACCUGUUUUGCGGCGCGGGAAUGGUCUGGAACGACUAUGUCGACCGUGAAAUCGACGCAAAGGUCGCUCGGACGAAGGAUCGCCCGCUAGCGGCCGAGAAGGUCACCGUGACCGAUGCCAUGCUGUGGAUGGCGCUGCAGCUGCUGAUGGCUUUGUCUUUGGUUCACAAGAUGCUUGAUGGGAAGGAUGUGUGGAAGCACAUGAUACCCGUCAUCAUCGCCUCUAUUCUUUAUCCUUACGGAAAGCGACCGAAUGCCCGCCGCCUUCGCAUCUACCCGCAAUACAUACUUGGCUUCACCAUCGCCUGGCCCGCCGUGAUGGGACGCUCAGCCAUUUACGGUCGGCAGCAACCUUUCGACUUCACCGUCAGCCAGUGUUUCCCACUUUGUACAAUGGUGUUCUUCUGGAUCAUCUACCUGAACACUGCGUACAGCUACCAGGACAUCGUCGAUGAUCAAAAGAUGCGAAUCAACUCGUUUUACACGGUCGGCGGACGGAACUUCCAUCGGUUUCUUGUCGCCCUCGUCGGCCCGAUUCUGAUCUGCCUGCCCUUGUAUUUGAUUCAGUUCCGAUCAUGGUGGCUCUGGACCAGCUGGAUGGGAGUCUGGACCGUGACCUUCUUCAAGCAGCUGUCCCAGUUCGAUCCUAGAUGGCCUGCGACCGGAGGCGGAGUACACAAGAGCAACUUCGUCCUCGGAGUCUGGACGAUCGUGGCAUGCGCUGUCGAGGUGCUCCUGAAAGACGUUGAUACCACGCGCUCUGCUUUCAACCUCGAUGGCUUUGUAUAUAACAAUGCGUCUGCUUGA